UAACAAGUGAUGGCAAAUGAAAUAUCGUUCGCUAAAUAACCGCAAAACCAACUAACCAGCUAAAAUAAAUCAUCACCAUUCACUGAAAUACCCGUGCAGACACAUCCACGGGGAGGUACGGCGUUGUUUGAAAAGCAGCGUGCAAACAAACAAAACACUAUGCGCCUCCAUCCGAUCGAUAUUUCAGGUUGGUUGUGUGUUCUUUUUCUACCUCCAGUUUUUUUCUCCCUUUUUGUUGUUGUUGUUUUUGUUGUAUCUUUUUCCCCUUCUUUGAUGGCUUUAUUUACCACGCCGGAGACGAUGAUCAUCAUCGCGCUGCUGAUGCUGAUGAUGACGUAAAAUUAAACUCCUCGUUUCUCGCAUGUGUGUGUGUGUGUAGUGACGGUUGUCACCAUCAUCGCUCGCACAGGAAAGGGAGCGGGUGGUGGAUUUGCUGUUGAGCCCUCGUACAGUGUGACCCCUUGCACCCCUGCCGUGGCCCUUCUUGCCGCCAUUGAACGAGAAGAGUGUGUUAAUAAAUACAUAGACCGUGUGUCUCUUUCUAUUGCCGUUCCCUAUGAGCUCUGUGUGUGUGUGCGAGUUCAGUUUGAUGAUUUUACUUCUUCUUCUUUUGCUACUGUUUGCUGCCCCGGCGUUGGGCAAAAGGGAAACUGAACUCUACACGCAAUCAGCACCAGCGAGCGCGGAGCGGGAUCAGAUGCCGGGCCUAGCCUCGCGCGUAACCAUGGCGACCCCGCAUGGCGGACGCAACAGCAUCGGCUGUGCGGCUGUGUGCGUUGAGCGAGAAGAGGACGAUCAUCAAUAAGCUCUGCAUACACACAGGCACACACACACACACUGAGUGUCGGUGCCAGGUCGGAUUGGAGGACGAACGACGUGUGCCUUUUUUUCGCGCGCUAGCUUUUGGCGGUCGUGGACGCAUACGCCGUUUCUGUUCGCGCGCCCGUUCCCGUCGAGGAUUUCGCGAUCGGAAGACGAUUCCGCUGUGUAUUGUGUGAAAGUGUAGGUGUAGGUUGGAGAAAAAGGGGGGAGUGUUCUGCAAAAGGACAUAGCACUGGAGAAGACACUUUUUUUGGCCAGCGUGACAAGACACAGUGAGUGUGAGGCUAAAGUUCGAAUCGGUCAGAGCAAUUGGGUGUGUGUGCUCUCGUCGUUAGGGAUGGAAAGUGCGAAGUGCGAAAAAUGGUUCCCCGGCACCACCAUUAGCGUAAACACGCGCAAAUUGUGAACCCAGUCGGGGUGACGUGGGUGAGUUGGAAAAACGCAUCGCAGAACCAAUCGAGCAUGGGCGCUGUGAAUUAUUGAUGAGGCUUGCAGUGUGAAUUGAUCCCCGGCCCGAGUGGAGAUUCAGGCUACAAAAGUGUGUGUUUUUCCUUCCUUUUUUUCGAAUGUCAAUUUCUGGCUCUGUCAAAUGCAAUGCAGUGUUGUGCGCUGAGUGGUUUGGGUAGUUCUCGUAGCGACCGACGGCAAGUGUGAACUAGAUCGACAAACGGAAAUUAGCGUCGCCGUCGGUAGAUUGGUGGCAAGGAUAAGCGUUUGCUGCUGCCGGGGUUUAGCAAUGGAACCGUCUACAAGUCUCUCUUUGUCGAGUCCCCGUGGCAUGCAGGAACCGUGUAGCCCACCAGGAAUACCGCUGACAGCGAAGAGUCCCACCAUGGAAGGAGCCGUCCCGGACACGGAGUCCGCCGCGGACAAUGGGCCUAGUCCACAUGGGCCCGUCACCACCAACACCACCACAACAACAGCUACCAUCAGCCGGCCGGCCGCUAAAAUUCAGCGACCUAGCGGCGGUGCCACGCUCAAGUUCUCGAUCGCCAACAUUAUGGGACAGGAGCAUGAGGAUGACGAGGAGGAAGAUCGUGAAGAGGAACGGCAUGAUCAGGAGCAUGAGGAAGAGGACGAAGAGGACGAGCUGGAGGAGGAUGUCGAUGAGGACGAUGAAGAUGCGGUAGUGGAUGUAGCGAGUGAGGAUGAAACGAUCGAGCUUUCGAUGGUUUCACCGGGCAGUGGAUGUUCGUUGCUGCGGAAACGUCGCCACGACAGUCACGAAAAGUCGAUGAGUCCGUUGUCAGCCGCCGGCUCUAGUCCCUGCUACGAACCACCGACAACAGCGGCCAGCUCCGUUGCGGAAGCCUACGAUUCCGCCUUCAAGAAGUAUGUGCCCAACUCGAUGCAUCCGUUCGUGGCGAGCAACCGGCACCAGGAGUUGCUAAGUCAGUACCCGCUGCUGUACUACCCGGGACAGUUGAUGUGUGCAGCGGCUCAGUAUGCCGCCCUAACGCAUCAGCAGCACCACCAGCAGCAGCAUCACCAUCACCAUCAUCAUGCGGCGGCUGUGGCGGCUCUACACCCUUACGGAGCGCCCGGGCGGCUUCACAGUCCUACCCUAUCGCCACCACCGACGGGUGCAAGCCUGCAGACGACGACCGUUGUGCAAAGUGCCAGCGUCCAUGGUGCCCACGGUGCGAUGAAUGGACGCCAUCUGCAUGCGGGCGGUCAUCAUCAGCUACUGUCUGCGGCGGCUGCUGCGGCGGCUGCUGCUGCAGCGGCGGCUGCCACCGCCACCUCAGGCGGCAAAACAGGCUCGAAGCGUGCGAAUCUGAACCACUCCACCAGCAGUACCUGCUCGUCACUAAGCUCCAGCGGUAGCUCGGUGGGUGGCUCCCCGGGCGGCAGUGGUCCCGAUGGGUCGUUGAACAGUUCUUCCUCCUCAUCGGCAGCCGCAGCAGCAGCAGCAGCAGCCGCAAUGGCGGCUAAGCAGAAAACGUUCGCCUGUCCCGAGUGUGGCAAGGUGUUCAAUGCGCACUACAACCUUACCCGCCACAUGCCCGUCCAUACCGGUGCACGGCCAUUUAUUUGUAAAAUCUGUGGCAAGGGUUUCCGGCAGGCGUCGACGCUCUGCCGGCACAAGAUCAUCCACACCUCGGAGAAGCCGCACAAGUGUCAGACGUGCGGGAAGGCGUUCAAUCGCUCCUCGACGCUGAACACGCACACCCGCAUCCACGCGGGGUACAAGCCGUACAUUUGUGAGUACUGUGGCAAGGGGUUCCAUCAGAAGGGCAACUACAAGAACCACAAGCUCACGCACAGUGGCGAUAAGGCGUACAAGUGUACGAUCUGCAACAAGGCGUUCCAUCAGAUCUACAACCUUACGUUUCACAUGCACACGCACAACGACAAGAAGCCGUUCACGUGUAAGAUCUGUGCGAAGGGGUUCUGUCGGAACUUCGAUCUGAAGAAGCAUAUGCGCAAGCUGCACGAUGUUAGUAUGGGCGGAGGGCACAAGCGAUCGAGAAGCUGCGGUACGCCUCAGCAGCAUCAUCACCAUCAUCAUCAUCGGGGUUCACCGCUUACGGCACGAUCGCCAGUACAUCAGCACGCUUCCUUGCCAGCCCCACCGGCACCCCCGGUGACGUCCGCAUCUGCCCCUCCGAUGAUGUCGAGCCCUCCGAGCGGAACCGGAUCACCUCCGGCACACCUUCAUCCUGCUCAGCAACCUCCACCGCAACAACAACAACCGCCGCAUCAUCUGCACCAUCCACUGCAUCUGCACGCGUCCGCACUGUCUCACGUUGGCCCUCCACACGGUCACGUUGGCCCUUCGGAGCUACAGUCCCGCACAUCGCCCGUAUCCUGGUCGAGUGCAUCCUCCCUAGCCGCCCUCCAUCAUACAGCCGUAGCGGCGGCUGCUAUGCGCAACGGAGGCAUUGACUACGGCAGUCCCUUUCUCAUGCCAAGCGGACGGCACCAUCAACGGUUGGCAGCGGCAGCUGCCGUCACCGAUAGUCCAUUCAUCGGCAAGGUGUUCUGACAGAAGUACUACCAGCAGGCGGGCAUGAGCUUCGGUGGGCUGUCACCCGUGGCAGCGGCAGCGCAAGGUAGUAACACAACGACGGCGGCCAUCACUGUAACGGCGGUUGCUUCGGCGGUCUCACCGUAAGAGGGCGCUCACCUACUCACGCGCUUCUCCUUGUGGCGAAGCGCGCUUUGAGUCGGAGUGGUUGCUUUGAUGGUGCUGCUCGGUGUAGUAGAAUUAGAGUCGAAGAAGUGUGUGCAAUAGGUCUGUGUGUGUGACAAACGCCAGCGUGAUUUGAAGGUAGCAAAAAAAAAAACAGAUUCUAGGAAGAGUAGGGAAGUUCGAUUAAAGCAGCGCUUUGCCCCGUUCCCAGUUAAAAUGCGUCGUACCUAGGCAGAAAGGGAUGGAAGAAAAUGAAUGAUUUUGUGUGUUUUUAGUGGGUAAGCAGGUGAGAGGAAACAACGUCAUCGUCAUCAUAAUGCCGCGUUAGGAAUUUAAGCUCUGUAGUUGUAGUGGGGUGGACAUAUGUUCUUGUUAGGGUUUGGGACAGGAUCGCAGGAUCGAUUAGAAAGAGGCUAUCAAUCUGAGGAUUUACGAGGGUAAAUUAAUGGAAUUAAUACGUUGAUCGAUAUUAUCAAUAUUUAAGUACAUAUACACACACACGCGUGUAAAUGAAGUGAGCUAAAUAAAUCAUUCGCAUCGGUAAGGGAUGUAUGGAAGUAUGGAAAAAUAACAUAACU